AUGUCAGUGUCGUAUUUGUCAGGCGACGAUGACAAUGAAUACCUUCAAACACGACUAAAUGCACCUAUGCCAUGGAUCGGCGUAUAUGUGGCUGCAGCUUCAGUAGCUUGCUCGCUUGCAAUGGCGGCCGAUGUUGUCUAUGGAUUCCGUUGCAAAAAGCUUUGGUUUCCAUGCAAAUUCUUCUCUCUCAACGCCACUUCCCUGACGCUGCUAGCUGUAGCACUGAAGCUGCCGGUGGACUUAACCACUAACAUGUGGGCGGUAACGGACCGGUUAGCAAAGGUGAGCAGCCUUGCUUUUAUGUCCACUGCCACCGCCAAUUUCAUGACGUCUCUGGGGUCUAUGGGUGACCAGGACAUUAUAAUGAGUGUUACUGCACUAUUUAUUCUCGUAAUUACAGUCUUCGUUGAUGUGUUCAUCCAAAUUGCUGAAAUGCGUUCUUUCAUUCAUCGCCAUCUGGUUUUCCCUGAAGAAGUAUUGGCUGCUGCUUUUAUGCUUCUCUUGCUGUUUCUGCUGGUUUCUUUAGCCAUAAUGGUUUUAUCCACCAAAAGAUAUCUAGAUGGAAAAUAUCAGGAGAUGCAUAGUGCGGUUUUAAGUCAAGAACUCCGGGACAUGAGGGAAGUUACAACCCAGGGACUGAGAGCCUUAGUGAAAAAGUAUUGGGUAAUGGCACAAACUAGCAACCCUCAAUUUGUUAUCGCCGGAUCUGCAAUCUGUACUGCUUGUGGUGUCAUAUCUGCCGUGGUUUUGCUAAUCACGGCAGAAGCUGAGAUAAGAAUGAUACUGGUACAUAAAAGAUUAGUGCAGACCGCUUCCGUCUAUGGCAACUCAACUACUUGGAUUCUAAUAGUUCAGUCCAUCGGAGUGAUAGUGGGCAGUGUCGCUCCUGUGUUCAGAUGGUGCAGGGCCAUAAAGUUCAGUUGCUCAAGGGAAAACCGUAACAAUUGUUUCUCCAGGGACAAAUUCAAGAUCAGGGAGUAUUGGACUGAAAGGCUUGUGCAGUGGAAAGGGAGCUCGUCUGCUUCAGGAAUCAGGCACCGCAAGUUAAGAAAAUUUGUUCAUGAUGCAAAAGGACUGACUCUUGAUCUGUUGACGAAAGUUCAGAUCUUCAUUAUCCUUUCCAGCAAACUAGUUCUUCUAGUCUCGACCUCUCUGUUAGGUCCAUUUUACUUGUGCUUCCAGCGCAUUAAACAAUUGAGAAUGCAGCGUCGUAUAAACUCACUUCCAAGAGAUGCUGAUCAAUCAGGCGCUGUUGCAGACCUUCGUUUUUAUGCUCUACGACUCGACGGUGAGGUACCGCUGCCUGAUGACACCCUCAGGAGCAUAUCCGAUGAGGUUGAUGAAGUGUUUGAGAUUGGUAGAAGGCAGCGAUCAGACAGUCUAUUACAAUUUCUACGCCAGUCCCACAGCUUCAAUGGGGUGAUUGCUUUUGACAGCAAUCAAGUUCCAAGUCUACAUUAUCGAGAACCACCUAACUGCUGGUCUCUACCGGUGGUGACACUGACAAGCAUUGCAAUCUCGCUGCCCGGAGUUCCAAGGGAGAGUGUCCAUGGGUUAAUAAGCAGUGUCCGCCGAGGACUCAGCUACGCCAAGCUCAUAGAGAAAUGCCUGUACAACAGUGGAGAUUUAGCCAACAUUAGAAAGGCUGCAGAAAUUUGGGCAGAAGUUGAGCUCUACCGCAAAUGGCAGGGCGUGGAUCUGGGCAAGCUAUCUCGUGAAAGCGAGAACUCCAAGAAGUCGCUAGAAAAUCUUGCAACAGUAGCCGUAAAGACUGUGCUGGAUUUCAAGAGGAAGACGGGGGGUUGCCUCAUGAUGAGCAACCCACUUAACUGGCCUGACAACAUUGUUUCUGCUAACUCAAUGUACAGGAUAAGCCAAACUAUUCUAUCGAUUUACAAUCAGAGCGAUCACCACGAUGAUCAGCAGCAAGCAGACGAGCAUUUGUUCCAGCUGUUGUCUGACAUGAUUGCAGACAUACUGUCAGCCUGUCUUACCAAUUUAACUCGUGUUAUAACCAUAAAGUGCCACCGCAGCACCAUAGAAGUAAGGGAGAAAAGUGUCUGUGAGGCGGCUCUUCUUCUGGGUGAAACUGAAGACAUUCUUGAACUGCUUUGGCGGCGUGAACUGCCAAUCAGCUCUAAUUCAGAACAAGCAGCAUACAUUGACGGGUGGCGUUCUAUGAUGGAGCUGGAAAACGGGAUCCAACAGAACGCUUUGUCCAGCAGCGAAAAUGUUCCACCAGAAAAUAGUGGAGACCAUGUCUUCAUCACAAUAAUGGAGGGCUGA